UGCUGAUCGCAGAACUUACGGUUUCAAGUGGACGCGUCGGUUUCGUUUUUCUUUCCGCGAAAAUCCCAUUAAAUUGGCUUAAAAAGUGAGCUGGAGUGAGUUUAAACCGAUUCGCGUGCUGGGUGAUAAGGAUUGGCCAUCCGUCCUUAUCAUUUCCUUGAGUUAUGACACAAUCCGCGCGCAAAAAACUACAAUUUCGUUUGGCGCAGCACGCGCACCUGGCAAUCCUUCGUUUCGUUUGUUAACUUUGGCUUUUUCUGGCGUUUCUCGUUGCGUGUUUUUGGCCAGGACAUUGGGAGAAACUCGGGACAGCCACUCGGAGGAGCAGUCAACAAAUCCCAAUCCCGGCGGACACGGAAUUUAUGUUUGUUUGAGCACAUUUCGCCGUCAAGUCAUUCGUCAGGGCUGUCGCAUAUUUCGCGCGGGCGCGGGGGUGUCGCCGGGAAGAAGCAGAAAAUGAUGGAAAAAUGCGGCAUGGCAAAUGCAAAGCGAAAUGUGACAGGAACGCAACUGAGUCCUCUUAGCGAUCCUUUUGGACAGGAGCUGCUUCUAUUGACGCUGAUUAAUGCGGCAUUGGUGUUAUUUCGAGGCGGUUUGGGAAAAAAAUGUACAAACCUGCUCAAAGAAAGAAAAACUGGAUAAAACUGGAAUGAAGCCCGUUUGGAGUAGUCUUUAGUGUAUAAAUCAUAUCAAUCGAAGCCUUCCUCCGCUCGGAAUUCAACAUGACCAGGACGGCAAUCCUCAGUUUGUGAUACGAACGGGGCUGGGCGCACAAGAAGCAGAAGAAGGGCGGAGAUCAUUACAUUGACAUAUUCAUGCGGAAUCGGAAUCGGGGAAUUCCAGGGAAGGCACAAACAAUGGAGCACGCGACCAUGUGCGGAGCGGAUGAGGAUGAGGAGCAGAGCGUCCCACGCGACUGCCGUGAAUCAACCUGCAGCCUGCAACUGGCAACUUGCAGUUGGCGCAACCUGCGAUAUGCCAUUCGUCUGGCGAAGAAACCUCACACAUCUCGCAUCUCACAUCGUCCAGUUGUCGUCGCUUUAUCCGCAACAUGGACAUGGGGACCGGAAUCGUCGGAAUGCUUAUCAAGGGGCGCACUUGUAGCUGUCAUAAGGCCAACUGAAAUAUUGGCAGCCCAAACAGAGACCGAAACGGCACCAGAGGAGCAACCUCUUGCCUGGGCCCCACUGAACUCCUUUCAAUGAACUAACUGAAUGUGCACUGGACAAAAAGUCCACUUGAGGUGGAAAGAAAGGGGAAGAGGCACCUGAACUGCCCCAGGACUUGUCCUCCAUCCAUUUAUCUCACUAGACGCCGGCGACGGCAACUGCAACGGGCAAAUAUGGAAAUUUGUUGGGCUGGCCGCCUUUUUUUUUUGUCAGACGACGCCGCCGCCGCCUGUCCCCCACAGAACUGGCCACUUAAACCGCUUCAUUAAACACUCCAUGAACUCCCUUUCGUGGGCCAAGUGUCCUUAUGUCCGGGCGGUGUAAUUAAUUUCUGCCACAGUUGGGUAUUUGAAAAAGCUUAGAAAUGCGGCCGAAUGGACUGGGGAUGGGAGCGUUUUCCGUGCCACAGGAGCAAUUAUAAAACGGAGUCGAGUGGCGGGAAUAAUAGUAACACAAGGGGCCAGAGAAAGAAAAGAAUUGCAGCUUUAUAAAGGUUUGCGGCUAAGAAUGCAAAGUAAGAAACUCCAUAAAUAGCAAUGAUAAUACGAGAAAAAAAUAUUAUGAAAGGAGCUGCUGUAGAGAUAAGCCUCACGAAUGCAUAUAAAUAUAAAUUCGCAACCUGAUUCUACUGUACGUAGAAAAAAUGUGUAGUUAACUCCAGUGAAUGUGGCACAAACAAGUGUUAAUCAAAGUUAUCGGCUUUUCUCGAUCAAUAUGUUCGUGACGCAGAGCCAAUAUUAAUUAAGCUAACGACUGAAGGAUUUACAAAGGCCAUCUUGGACACCUUGCAAACAACGAAAAACCCGGACACAAAUCAAACAAAACUGGCCUCAAAUCAAAAUGCGGGGAAAUUUGUGAGACCUGCGACCGGGAGGCGAAGGAGAAGCAGUUCAGCACCUCGGAAUCGGAACGCCACACGAACCGCGGCCUGAAUCGCUAUCGGGAUGUGAAUCCGUACGAUCAUUCCCGCAUUGUUUUGAAGCGCGGCAGCGUAGACUACAUCAAUGCGAACCUGGUUCAGCUGGAGCGCGCCGAGCGCCAGUACAUCCUGACCCAAGGACCGCUGGUGGACACAGUGGGCCACUUCUGGCUGAUGGUAUGGGAGCAGAAGUCCAGAGCAGUUCUCAUGCUCAACAAGCUGAUGGAGAAGAAACAGAUCAAGUGCCACCUCUACUGGCCCAACGAGAUGGGAGCCGACAAGGCCCUGAAACUGCCCCACGUCAAACUCACCGUGGAGCUCGUCCGUCUCGAGACCUACCAGAACUUUGUGCGGCGAUGGUUCAAAUUAACCGAUCUCGAAACGCAGCAGAGUCGUGAAGUGAUGCAGUUCCACUACACCACAUGGCCGGACUUUGGCAUUCCCAGCUCGCCGAACGCAUUCCUUAAGUUCUUGCAGCAGGUUCGCGACUCCGGCUGCCUCAGCCGCGACGUGGGUCCAGCCGUAGUGCACUGCAGUGCCGGAAUCGGGCGGUCGGGCACCUUCUGCCUGGUGGACUGUUGCCUGGUACUUAUCGACAAGUACGGAGAGUGCAAUGUGUCCAAGGUGCUCUGCGAGCUGCGCAGCUACCGCAUGGGCCUCAUACAGACCGCCGACCAGCUGGACUUCUCCUACCAGGCGAUCAUCGAGGGCAUUAAAAAGCUGCACGAUCCCACCUUUCUUGACGCUGAAGAACCCCUCAUUAGCAACGACACAGAGACUCACACACUGGAUGAGCUGCCGCCGCCAUUGCCCCCACGCGUCCAAUCGCUUAAUCUGCCACUGGCCCCCAAUUCCGGCGGUAUACUUUCGCUCAAUAUGCGCGCGGCCCAGGCUAAUGGAGCUGAAAGUAUCGGCAAAGAGCUGAGCAAGGACGCCCUGAACAACUUCAUUAAUCAGCACGACAUGAUCCACGAUGCCGAGGUGGCCGACAGUCGUCCCUUGCCGCCAUUACCCGUAAGGGCUUUCAACGAUUCGGACAGCGAUGAGGAUUACUUGCUGGAUGACGAUGACGAGGACGACACCGAUGAGGAUGAGGAGUACGAGACCAUUAACGAGCACGAUGCCGAUCCAGUUAAUGGACACGUGCCCGCGACAACACAGCCACAUGCCGACGAUGUUAAUGCCAACAACGAGAAGCCAGCGGUGCCAGUCGACGAGCAGCACAAGGCGAACGGCAUCGAUCCAAUUCCAGGCCAGCUCCCAGCCAGUCCCGAGAACGAGCUGAAGCGGCGAAAACGCAACGAAUACCAGGCCAGCCUGGAGCAGAAGGUCAACGACAUGAAGCGGAAGCAGCGGGAGAACGAGGACAAACAGCUGGCGGCAAAGAAACGAAGGUCAUUACUCACAUAUAUUGCCGCUGGUGUUGUGGUGGGCGUGAUCUGCGCCUACGCAUACACGAAGCUAGGUUAAGUGCCCCGUAGCCACUAAGUAGUCGUAGAUCAGUAGUAGCAAUAGCUGUAUGACGUAUUUAGUUGCCGUAGGAGACCGAUUCCUCCCCUGAUACCCGAUUUCCGACUUCCGAUCCCCACCUGCUCGUCCGCCUGACCCGGCAUCUAAUGCGGGCAACGAAUCAAGGACGACGUGCAACGGAUCGGAAAGGAUCAGAGAUCGGACGGAAUCGCAUCGCAACGCCAUGCAAUCGCACACGAAUUGCGGAUGGCGGAUUGAUUGAGCUGAACGAACGAUACAAGAUGCAUAAAUAUUAGGGAAUUUUUUAUAUACGAAAUACAAGAAGGAAAACAAAAGAAACAAAUGAAAGAAAAGAAGCAACUAAACUAAACUAACGAAAAUCGGGUAGAAAUCACGUCAAAUGUAGAUUUUGCGCAAUAGACUGACAUUUUAGAUCAAAUUUAUUUUCUACACUCUAAAAAUGGAUUGAUAACCGACCAGAUGCCCCAAACGAGCCAUACCAAAUGCAAAGCUCACCCUACUUGCUCGCUAUGCUUAAAAUAUUAAGAAUAUCAUAACUACCAAUGUUUCAAGCACCCGACAACCACCCACUACACGCUUCACUUGUUGUUGUACAGCAAUUUCUUAUAGCAUACGACCUAUGUAUAUUUAUUUAUGAAGAUUAUGAGAAACCACCACUUGUUGUAGUACAUGGCAAAAUAUAAAGUGCAGCAAUGUGCCAAAAAGAACCGAAUCGGAGAAUUGUACGAAGUGUCCUAAACGACUCUUAAUUUUACUUUGCCUCCCGCCUACCACUACCACUAACUUUGAAUUGUUGUGUUUAAAAUUAAAGACCCUGUCCCCCCUUAAACGAGCACUUUAUUAAUGAAUCGAAAUUCAGCGCCAUUAAAGCAAUAACUUACGGUUAAACAAAACAGCUCGAUGUACACCUAUAUCUCGUUUAACGCUUUUAAGGAGUGUUAUAAUCAAAAUUGUUCAUUUCGCACACUCGCCCCCGAUCGAUCUGAAAUCAAAAUAAAGUGAUUCUUUUUUCAAAUUGUGACCGUGGACUAGUUGCACGUGGCUAGUUGCAAAUCAAAUUAAACUAAAAUCGGUUUACUAAGUCGCUAAGCGAAGUAUAGGUGUAUGAUUUAAUUAUAAUCCAGGUUUUGCCAUAGCGAAACCAUUUUGUAUUAGAACGAGAGAACGAAGAAGGCGAAAGACUAUUCAAUGGUUUUUCCAGUAGAGUAAGUGUGCAGUCCCAAUCCCAAGAAACAUAUUUAUAUAAACGUGUAGCGUGAGAGGACGCAAAUAUUUUUUAUAUGUGUAACCCACACUUUAACAAAAUUCAAGUAACCACCCCCGAAAGCGAGGCACUAUGAAUCCAUAUGAAAUCGGAUGGGCCCAGGAGGAUAACAAAUAAAGGAAAUACAUAUUUAUAUUAAGUAUAUUUAACAGAAACAACAUGAACAAUACCUAGUAAUGCCUAGUUAACUAAACGUCGGCUAAGUACACCAACCGUACACUGAAACAAAUCCAACACAACACAGUACUAUACAAUAUUAUGCCUAUGAGAGAAAGAGAAAGGAGGAGCAGAGAAAGUAUUCAAAUAAAGCUAUACGUUUAAGAC